UGCUGCUCUUGCAGUCAAAACAACAUGAUAGAAGCUAGAGCUAGGAUCCCUUUGGAAAUCGCUGAUGGCACUAGAAUACUUUCGGCUGUAGUGUAUGGAGAAAAUGCGGAAAGACUUAUUGCUUACACAACACAACAGCUUCAGGCAGCAGAGGAUAAGGGUGCUGAUUUGGUAGCAAAGAUUCGCUCUACCAUAUGUGGAAAACGUGUUGUUUGCUUUGUGAGGCUCUUUCAGGUUGCUGGCCCCACGUACUCGGUUGUCAAACUUUAUAUGGAUGGCGAAGUAGCCAGCCUGGAGCUGCACCCUUCAUCUUCUCGUGCCAACAUUGUAGAAUUGAAUAAACCUUUAGAUGCGAAUGACGAAGGCGAUGAAGUGGAAACCCAAUUGUUUACGCCAUCUGCUAAAGCGUGCCUCAAAACUAUUCUUGAUGAGCCUACAACCAUGUCUACACCAAAAGAAUCCAACUCAGCCGUGUCUACACCAAAAGAAUCCAACUCAGCCGCCGUUCAUUCUCUCCUCUUUGAGAAUCCUGAAACUACUACAGAAUCCUGGGUUACUACAGACACACACAAUGUUCCUGAUGUCCACGCGGCCUACAUAAGAACUGGGAAGAAGAAAAUGUCCAUACGCAGCGCCACCGCCAUGUCCCCAGCGCUGGCGAAGUUGUUUAUCAACACCGACAAGAAUACCCCGGCGCCGCCCAUCGUGAACCCGCGUCCCGAGCCUUCUGGCAUGUCGUAG